GACAGCGUUAUCGGAGUUGGAGUAGAUCGAUACCGGCACAUAGCUCGACGGUGCGGCGGCGCAGUGCACGAAAAUGGCUGUGUGGAGGUCUUUUUUAACGCUAAUGACGCUGGCUGCGCGUGCGCACCCGGCUCUGAUCCUGCCGGAGCACACGCGCGCCAAUGAUCUCACGCUGUCGCUGGAGCCCAUGAUCACCGGCGGGUUCGAAGUCAUCUUGAUCAAUGAAGAUGACGAACGCAAAGUCCUCUCUCACAUUGGUCGCACCCUCUUCGGGCCCUACACCAUCGAGGACAUCGAGGGCGGCGUGGAGGUCCACUUGGGCACCGCCAACCUGACCAUCCACACGGUCUACGACCAGGCCACCAACGCGAGGGGCAUCAAGUUCAACUGGGACGCGCCGGCGAAUACCAGACUGGAAGACUGCAUUGACUUUGGCAAUAAGCAGUGGUAUGGUGGCCCCAUGCAGAUCGACCAGCUGUACCCGAUACAGAAUGCUCCCCGCACCUACUCCGCUUACGUUUCCUCCGAGAACAACAACGGAGCUAUCGUAGAGAGAUACUGGCUCAACUCAGCUGGGGAAUACGUCUACGUCCACCCAGAAGUCCCUCUAUUUGUCGACUACAACAAUUUACUAGCUAACCAUCUCUGCUUCGGUGCCCAAAUCAUAGAACCCUACUCUACAAAGAGAGAACACACUCCUCUCUCGUAUGACAUUUGGCUACUGCCAGACGUGAAAUCAGCACACAAGCACGCUGUCGCCAACUACUUGGGUCAACCUUCAGAUGUCCCGGACUUCAGGAUGGUCCAACACCCGAUCUGGUCCACUUGGGCUCAAUACUCGAGGGACAUCAACGGGAGCAAUCUCAUUGAAUUCGCUAACGAAAUAAGGGAGCAUGGAUUCAACAACUCACAAUUUGAAGUGGAUGACCUAUGGGAAGUGUGCUAUGGAUCUUUGACAGUAGAUACCAACAAGUUCCCGAACUUCACUCAUUUUGUGGAGGAGAUUAAGGCUCUGGAUUACCGAGUCACGCUUUGGGUGCAUCCGUUUAUCAAUAAGGGCUGCGAUCCUUGGUAUACUGAAGCUUUAAGUAAUGGAUACUUAGUUUUAGAUGAGGCUGGAAGCCCUGAGACCACCUGGUGGAAUAACAACGGCACAGAAGCAGCUUACAUAGACUUUACCAAUCCUGCAGCAGCUGAGUGGUGGUAUUUGAGGGUCAAGAGUCUCGCGGACACUUAUGGCAUUGACAGUUUCAAAUUCGACGCUGGAGAGAGCAGUUUUGCACCUCAGGUUUCACAACAGACUGGAGACAUAGACUUACAGCCCCAUCACAUAGUAGAAACGUAUGUGAGAACGUGCGCAAGAUUCGGCGGUAUGGUCGAAGUUCGAGCUGGCUUCAGAACUCAAGAUCUGCCAAUCUACGUGCGAAUGGUAGACCGCGACUCUAUCUGGGGCACCAACAACGGUCUGCCCACCAUCGUCACUACCACCAUCCAGAUGAACCUGAACGGGUACACCCUGGUCCUACCAGACAUGAUUGGGGGCAACGGGUACAACCUAGACCACGAGCAAGCGGAUUUACCCACCAAAGAACUGUUCAUCCGAUGGGUCCAAGCCAAUACGUUUUUGCCGGUGAUGCAGUUCUCCUUUGCACCAUGGAACUUUGAUAAUGAGACGGUGGAGAUCAGCAAAAAGUACACGGACCUACACGCGGCGUAUGCGGAGAAUAUCUACGCAGCCAUGGAGGCGUCGGUAAACCAUGGUACACCGGUCAACGGACCGCUGUGGUGGAUCGCCCCGGAUGAUGAAAAGACCUUGGUCAUUUGGGAUGAAUACCUCCUCGGCGAGGACAUCAUAGUGGCCCCUGUUUUCCAAGAAGGCGUCAGAUCUCGCGACAUCUACCUGCCCUCUGGCGUGUGGUUGGAAGAAGGAGACCCGACUAAGCUCCACGUGGGCCCCACCUGGUUGCACAGCCACCCCGCACCCUUGGACACCCUGCCAUUCUUCGUGAGAGAGUCUCCAAGUCAAACAGGCGCUGCUGCAGCCCCUGCUAUGUCUGUUCUGAUGAUUGUAUUGUGUAUUAUUGUUGCUAUGUUUUAAGUAAAACUUGAUCAAGAUUAGAUUUAAGUAAUUUAUUGACGAAUAAAGGUGUAAUAUUUGGAAA